CACAGAUUCAGACAUUGUGUUAGACGGAAAGCACCAGAACCCUACACAACCCUGACGCACACUGAGAACGUUAAGAGCGUUAAAGGAAAAUCUGCAGACACUCAGCAAGAGUCUUACAGGCAUCAUGACCCUCCUUUGUAUUUACAUCUUAUGGGUCGCUGCCUGUGUGGACUCCAUCAGUGCAGAUUCACACAUUACUGUAUCAGCUCGAGUGGGUUCCACAGUCGUCCUGCCAUGUAACCUGAGAAAUGUGUUCACCAAAACACCACGUGUUCGAUGGCACAACGAUGUUGGGUUUGUGUUUGAGCGAAGCAGUGGUGGUACGCAAAUAGACCCAGGAUAUGAAGGACGUGUGGACAUUCCUGAAAACGAGCUGCGUAAAGGAAACUGUUCCCUGGUGUUGAAGAACGUCAGAAUCACUGAUGACGGUGCCUAUAGAUCCUUUGUGGUGGAACACGUGGACAGAACUAACACAGACAAAAUGCAAGAUAUCAGCAGGGUUAAACUCUCAGUUGAUGCUUUUCAGAUAUCUGCUCAAGUGGGUUCCACAGUUGUCCUGCCGUGUGAAUGGAGCGAUCUGCCCAUCCAAACACCUCACGUUGAGUGGUAUAUCGAUUCCCAGACUGUGUUUGAGCGAAAGGGUAAAGAGUCAUUUCAGGGUGAGGGAUAUGAGGGUCGUGUGGACGUUCCUGAGGAUGAGCUGCUUAAAGGAAUCUGUUCCCUGGUGUUGAAGAACGUCAGUGCUACUGAUGCUGCUGUCUACAGAAGCUCCAUGGUAGUGACACACACAAAGAAAUCUGUCUUGGUCCAGAAAGUUGAACUCUCAGUCUACAAAAAUCCUGAAAAGAGGGAAGAGGAGCCAUCAGGUGAAGCUGGAAUAAAUUGGCCUCACCUGCUGAUCUUCAUCCUUUCCCUCUUUAUGUGUUUUCUCUUCUCACGUUGAGGAAACAUCAGCGUGAUCUCUCUGAGUACAGAGACUGAUUUAGGAAAAAGAAACAAGGAAGAUUUCAGUGUCUUUCAUCUACAUUGUCAACAAGUGAACAACUGUGAGGUUCAUGAGAACAUUUCUGACCCACAUAAAGCUGUGAUGCUGAAACACCACAAUAUCAGCACGUGAGAAAGACUCGGUAUGACCAAGAGCAUCAUACAAUCAUAGCUCCUAACAGUUGUUGGCUUCUCCUGUCUGCUUUGUCUGUUUUUUUAUAUAUUGGUUAUACUUUUUAGUGCAGAUGAGAGUAGUGUCUAAAGGUGUUGAUUUGAUUUGGAGGCAUUUAUUUGGUCUCCACUGAUUCUUAUUUCACUGCCUUUGAGCAGGUGCCAGCUUCUUUACACUGACCCAAAUACACAACUUUAAUUUACUCCACAGUGUAAAUUAACCAGUAAAGUUCAAGGAGUGUGUUCAUAAAGCGUUCUUAAGUGUGGAAUGAAGCCUGCAUUAUGAUAAGUGCUCUGAGCGUACAAGGUGCCUGAGGCAUUUCAGGUGUGUUUUAACUUGGUGACCAAGCUAGGGAACAGACCCAGCAAUCAUGCAUGUCAGGUUGCUGGAAAACCAAAUCAAUUCAGUUCAAUUAAAUUAAAUUUUAUUUUUAUAGCGCUUUUAACAAUGGACCUUGUCACAAAGCAACUUUACAGAAAUGGUGAGGGCGACAGCAUCCAAAUAUCCCAGUUUACCAAAACAUUCUAUGCCCUUAAGCCCUCCAGAUCUGUGCCUUUUUCAAACACUGAUACUGUGUCUGAAUCCAGAACACUAAUUGGAAGGCUGUCCCAUAACCGUGGGGCUUUGUAAGAGAGCGUUCUGCCCCCUGUUGUAGACUGCACUAUUCAAGAUACCAAAAAAGAGCCUGCACCUUUGAUCAAACAGGCGUGCCCCACCUUGUAACUUACAGGACUUAAAGGAUCUGCUGCUAAGAUCUCGGUGCCAGAUACCACAGCACACCUUCAGAGGUCUUAUGGAGUCCAUGCCUCGACAGGUCAGGACCUACACAAUAUUAGGCAGGCGGUUGAACUCUGAAUAAGUGGCUGGAAGUGUUCGGGAUCUUUGUUGUAAUUCACAGCCAUCACUUUAUUAAGCUUUUCUUUCGUGACUGAUAUGUGAGCUCAUCGUUGAUCGCUGAUGGUACUAGCCCAUCUCAGGAGAUGGAGGAGAUGUUACAGUGCAGUGAUGUUUUCUCCUGGUCUAACAGUCAGAGUCAUGACAGAUCUAAUCAGAUGUUCAUCAAUGAGUAAACUGAAUCCCACAAUGACCAGCAAUGACUAACACCUUAAUGAACAUCUUAAUUAAGACAGUGUGACAAUCUGCAAAUACAUGUUGAGGUAGUUGUAUGGAAUUUCUUUAUUAACAAUACAGCAAAAUUCGGUUAAUGCACCCGUUAACCUUCCUGGUACUGUUGGUUUAUUAGUUUAUCCUCUUUCAGUCUUUUAGCCUGUUUUAUCACUCUCUCAUUCACUUCUCCAUCUCUGAGCUGAAGCUGAAACAUACAGUUCUGUACACUUUUAGGAAGUACACUGGACAAGUUUAGAAAGUUUGCUGCUGUAACUUGUUACUUGUAGCUGUAGCAGCAAUGUGCAGUGUUAUUUGUCACAGAGGACUUCAGUUUACAUAGUUUACAUCCUGUGUUACCUGGAAUCCACAGCACAUGUGGCAAAAAAGGUCACCAGCUUCUCUUUUUUCUGUAUCGAAAUUAAUAAGACAAAAAAAAAAAAAACUCAGCUUGUCAUGUUACUGCAAAACCGCAAAGCAAAUAUCUCCUCUGUCCUGAAGAAGUCAGAAAUCUUGAAGUUACAGCUUUACCUCUGACAGUUACAGAAUGAUUUACAUUGUCAUUUUGUCAUUGAUUUAUUUAACCACACCUCUCAGAAUAUAACAUUACAAUGACAUCCACCAUUAACAUUCAGGUUUGAAACUAAAACUUCCCACUAUAUCAUCUUCUAUCACCAUGAAACUUAUAUAUGAGCUCAGUUAUCAGUAAAUAACUGUUUAUACACAAAUACUGAUACAUUUUAUCAUUGGCUAUAAAAGAAAAUUAGCAUUUUUUCACAGAUAUGCUCAUUUUCAUGGGCAUUUGAUGUGUGUGUGGUUGGCUAAUAAAUGUUGUAAUUAGACUUAAACCAGCUUGUAGCAGUGCAGUUUAACUAAUAAUGGAGCUGAUUAGUUUCUGACUCUGUUAACUAGGAUUAAUCAGGAGUGUGUGAGCUACCCUCUCAUUUGAGUCACUGCUGCUAACACACUUGUCUGAAAGAAAAGAGAAUUCAAUCCACACACACACACACACAAUGAUCAUAAAUAAGUGAUAGUGGAUCUACAUAGUGAUUGUGAAUUGGGUUAAAGUUCUCACCUUAGUUCCUGGAACAGAACACACACAUGCAGAUAAUGUUUAUAAGAACAGAGAUUGAACACACACAGUAAUCCAGAAGAGUCCAGAUCCUGCAGACUGCUCGGGAUCAGGAAGCUCAGAUGAAUGACCUGACUCGUGAUUAUGAUUAUCUGAAACACAAACACACAGUGACACAGAGAUCUCAGUAAAGUACAGAGAAAGGCCUGAUCUGCAGGAUUAAACAGGAAAGUGUACAAGUCUUAUAAGUCCUUUUAGUGUUGCGCAUACACACUGCUCAGGUUCUGACUCGUAUUUUUAUGUAAGAAUAGAAAAUUCAUCUCUAUUCUCUAUUCUUUUUCAUUAAAAUGUCUCUCAGUAACAUAUUUGGGAAGUGACUUGCUAUCUGAAAUAUUUUUAUCAUCCACACUGCAUUGAUAUGAACUCAUUCAUCAUUUACAUCCUACAUCCAUUCUACGACCACUCCAAUAUAGAUUUUUAAUUAAUUUCAGUUUUAAAAUAUUUAGCCCUGACACAAAGAUCUGAUUAUCUGAGUGGAGAAUAUAUUCAAAUUCAGAUUCAAAUUUUACUGGUCACACACACAGCAUGGUACACUGUACAACAUGCAAUGAGAUACUUUUUUAUGACUGUCCGUGGCAUAAAAAUAGAAUAAACCAGAAUUUACUUGUAUACAAGUAGGAAGGGAAAAAAUAAUGUAAUAUGAGAUAUAAAAGAUAGAUGGCAGCAACAGUAUGGAAUAUAUUAGGAAGUUCAGAUAUGUGCAGUUUAUGUGUAACACAAUGCUAUGCAACGUCGGGCUGAGGUGGUUGCAGUGAACUUGCUAACAUAUGUAAUAAGUAUUUAUAAAUACGGGGUAAUACGGGUUUAUUAACAGGAUGGACGUGGCGUGGGUGUUGUGCAAACAAGUCCAAGCUCUAGUUGAAGCUCCAGUCCUGGCUGAGGGACAGAAUGGCCUGUGGGAAGAAGCUCCUCCUCAUUCUCUCUGUGUUGGCCUUCAGGGAGAGGAAGUGCUUCCCUGACUGCAACAGAGAGAAGAGUCCAUUGUGUGGAUGGCUGAGAUCUUUUACUAUCUACCUGGCCUUGGUCCAGCAACUAAACCUUUUCAUUUAAACCACGAAUAUAAAAGAGAUUUAGCCAUAAUAUAGUGCUGUACUUGUACUUUAAAAAUGAAGCAACCAAGUGAGGAAAAAUUCCAGAUUAUUAGAACAUUAAAAGUCUGAAGAGUUUCAGUUUGUCUUGUUGAUCAACUGUAUAAUCUUUCUCCAGAACCUCAAGUGCUAUAUUUUAUUCUCUGUUAAUUUAAAUAGACUAAAAAAAGACAGAAAGUAAAUAAUAAUAAUAAUAAUAAUAAUAAUAAUAAAACAGAAUGAUAUAGGUGUGGCAUGCUGGCCUAAAGCCUAACUGCCCGAGUUGCUGCGGGGAUGGCUGUUACUGUAACACUCGUGAUGUCAUUAAUAAUAUUAUCAUUAUAUAUAUAUAUAUAUAUACAGAGAGAGAGGGAGAGCGCUCAGGUAUGCCUCAUUUCCGGGGAUAUUGCCUUGUUUCCUGGCCUGUGCUUGUGGGAAGCUGCUGUGACUGCUCUGGUACAUUUUGCUGUCUGCUCUUCCGGAUUGGCUUCAUUGUUUGAAAAGUGGGUGAUAACAUUCCUGCCGGUUUAGUGCUCUUCAUCUGAUCGCAUCUGCCUUUCGUCAGGUUUGUAUUUUGUUUGAUUAGUGCAACAGUGUAUCGGCUGUUGAAUGUAAGCUGAGUAAUUGAGAAUCCUGUUAUAACCAGAGUCCUGCGGCCAUUUUGUUAACGGUAGGUUAGUGUUUCUUAGUGUUUCCUUCUUUUUUUAUAACAUUGAAUAUCAUUAUUUUAAACCGUAUCCACUGUCUGCAUGGUUUGCAGGAUGAAGUGCAGGUUCUUUGCUCCUAGUGGUCUGCAUCGAGCACAUCAUGUGUUUGUUCCUGUGUGUUAGCCCUGGUCGUGGAAACUUUUGUUUUUUUUUUUCUUUUUGUAUUUAAUACACCAGCUGAUCAUUCAGUUUAAUAUUAAAAUAUUGCUUUCUUCUUUGUGUAUUGGAGCAGUGUGAUUGGGUCAAACAAAUGAGAAAAACAAUCAGCCAUCAUUCAGUUCAACAGUUCAGUUGUUUCUUUCUUUGUAUGGUCAACUUGGAACACUAUUAUAUUGUUUAUAUUGUUUAUAUUUGUUAUCUGCAACAGGGCUACUAUUUUGUG